AUGCAGCUAUUUCCUUUUCUACCGUUGGCUUUAUCUUUGGCCAAUUCCCUCGCUGUUUCUGGUUCUUCUGUAAGUUCUUAUGUCCAGUUUCCGGUCCAAAAGUUGGCAAGCAUUCCAAAUAUAGCCUCGCAGUAUACAUCUGGUAUUUUUAAGAGAGGCGAGGCUUUUAAUUCAACAUUGGUACAUGAAAUAGGUCUGUAUGCUGUCAAAAUGGAGAUUGGAACUCCUCCCCAAACCGUGUAUCUUCAAUUGGAUACCGGCUCUUCAGAUAUGUAUGUUAAUGACGCUGAUAGCGCCUACUGCGAAUUGUUGUCUGAUGGGUCAGACUACGUCUCAACUGAUAAUUACGAGCUCACGGCAACAUUCAGCGAGCUUCCUUCUAGCACGGUCUCGGCAGAAGCUUAUAAUACUCUCUGCUCCUACUGGGGUGCAUUCAGCCCCAGUAACUCCUCCACUUUCAAGUACAAUGACACUUUUUUUGAUGAGACUUAUGGCGAUGGUACGUAUUAUGAAGGUACGUAUGGAACAGAUGUUGUCUCUUUAGGUGAUAUUACGCUAAAGAGUUUCUCUUUUGGGGUAGCCAAUAAUACAGAAAAUCAAAACGGGAUUCUAGGUAUAUCGCUUCCUGCUGGAGAAUAUACUGAUGCACUUGAAAAUGCCUAUAAUAUAACACCUUUUGAGUAUAGAAACUUUCCAAUGGCAUUGAAAAGCUACGGAAAGAUCGAGAAGAUGGCAUAUUCCUUAUUUUUGAAUGAGCCUGAAGCACAUUUUGGCAGCAUCUUGUUUGGUGCUGUCGACAAAAAUAAAUACUCGGGACAGCUCUACACAUUACCUAUGCUGCAGGCAUUCAAUACACUCGACUCUCUGGGACCAGGAAUGUUUGUCACUGCGCAGAGCGUUGCAAUUUCGGAUGGUUUUUCUGGAAACAAAACUGUUUCUGAGAUCCAGUUCCCAGUAUUGUUUGAUUCUGGCACAACCUAUUCUACUUUACCUACAGAAAUAGCAGAUUCGAUUGGAAAAUUUUUUGACGGAAAGUACAGCUCUGAUGAUCAAGGUUACAUCGCUGAUUGUUCAAAAAUGAAUAAUACUCUAUUAUCUAUUGAUUUUGGGGGAUUUAAUAUCUCUGCAAAUAUAUCUAAUUUCGUGACACGGACCAAGGAUCACUGUCUUUUAAAUAUUGAAGCCACAGACUCGGGAUUCGUGUUAGGGGAUGCUUUCCUCGUCGACGCAUAUGUCGUCUAUGAUUUAGAAGACUACGAAGUUUCUAUUGCUCAGGCUAGCUUUAACAGUCAAGGGGAAGACAUUGAAAUUAUCUCCAACAGUAUUCCAGGUGCUAUACCAGCCCCCGGAUACUCCAGCACAUGGGUGUAUACACCAGAUAGUCCCAUAGGAACAGGAGAUUUUCUUAAUAUGAGCUGGACCUCAUAUUCAGACUAUUCGGAAUACCAAACUUUACUCUCUGCUGCAACUGCAAGUAGUAGCAGCAGCAGUAGCAGUUCAGACCAAACAACUACGAAAAAACGGAACUCCGGUGACAGAAUACAGCAAUCAUUUUUUUCCUUUUCGCUAAUACCUCUUCUAUCUUACAUCCUUUUGUGA